CGCUCUUCCCAGGUGGAGGGACAAUGACGUGGGAUGCCUGACUAUCUCUUCUCAUUAUCAUUCCCCCACCCCCUCCAUCCGUCUCCCACUACAGCUGGAUAAGCCAACCACUAACCGGCUCGACUCUCUCUUACAGAGCAGGGAUUUGAAGAUUGCAUCCUCACAUUUGUAAUCAGAUGUAGGAGAGGAUUAUUGCAAGGUCUCCUCCAUCUUGUGCACAGCCGGGGGCUGCUGAGACAAAGGAGGGAGAGAAAAGGAGGCUGUGGAGGAGAGCAGAGGGGGAUCACGGGAGUGGAGUUAAAGAUAGAGAGAGAGAGGGAGAGGUCACCUGUGGAUGUGAGGAGGAGGAGGAGGAGGAGGAGGAGGAGGACCUGCACCCAUCACCCAAUAGAACUGAAAGGAAGAGGAAAGAGGAGAAGACAAAGCCUCAGCAGCAAGUGUUUGACUUUGAAAGGUGUUCCACAGCCACUACUUGGCGUCCUGUGUCAGAGCUGUAUCCACUGGGAGGAGCUGUUUCCUUGGGCCCUACACUCUCUGGUCAGUUACUCUUUGACACCUCCAUGAGCUCAACACAGGCAAUAUCACCCUCCAGACUUGUAGGAGGACCAGGUUACACCUGCCAGGAGGAGCCGAAGGAGACCAUCAGUGAGAUCUGUAAAGAACAUUCAGCAAGUCCUCCAAUAAGAGAAACUAACCAUAGCAGUCUGAGGGUUGGUGCAGAGCCUGAUGAACAGAAGCAAAGCCCAUCUGAACAGUGUGUGCCAUCCCAGGAUUCAAGUCUGGCUGAGACGUAUGCACCGUCACAUCACAAGCUUGUCUUAAAUGCAAUUAGUGAUAAUGUUCAGGCUGGCAGAACGCUGAGCAUAAACCCUGUCUCACUGUCUGUUCACAGGAGUCACUCAGGCACUUUACCUCUGGCUCCAGACAGUGAGACUUGUGGAUUUCCUUACCAUGGAGGAGAUAAGAGUAUCCAAGAGGCUGAGAGUCACUCCAUGUUAGCAUGCAAGCAGCCAAUGCAGAUGCAACCUUGCAACGUGAUCACCACUAUUUGCCGAGGGGUCAACAGUGGAGAAGGUGGUGGACAGCAACCUCUGAGCAGGUGUGUCUGCGCCUCGUCCCCCAAGGCGGCAGCCAAAGUGGAGACUGUUGAAAAAAGGGACCAUCUUGCCCCUACAUGUGACAAAGCCUUUUGCUAUGGCUCCUAUAUCCAUCAUGCCAAUUUUGAGGACACAUUUGCAGCCUACUGCCAUCCUCAGCCCAUCCCAGCCCCUUCCCAGGUGCUGCCACGCCAAGUAGAGUCAAGCUGUGACAUCCAGCGUGGAGUGGCUCCUCCUGUAGAGAUGAACCACCUCACCCUGCCUCGGCUCAUCUCCUCCGUUAGUGAAACAGGCCUGGAUGCCAAACAUCUGCUGCGGUGCUGCAACCUCAACUGCUCUUGGAUCAGCUCUCUGCCACCUGGUGCUGGACCACAAUCCCAAAAGCACUUUGGUUUGGAGAAAUGCUGCAGCAGUCCCGUUGGCCAUGUCAGAAUCACGACCAGGGACAUGGGGACAAUGACUGCCCACAAAGAGCUGAAGGAUGUCGGAGUGCAGACAGUACAGACUGUCACACCUCAUGUUUUCCCUCAGGUCUGUCUGUCGGAGGAGAGCAGGAGUGAGACCUCCUGCAGCCAAACUCCAAACAGUGACAGUGAUGGAGGCAAGAAAGCAGGUGGUGCUCCCAAGUCCCCAGUGAAGGAGGUGAAGUGGGAUGCAGAAGGGAUGACAUGGGAGGUAUAUGGGGCCUCUGUGGACCCUGAGGAACUGGGCCUGGCCAUUCAGAGACACCUGGAACUGCAGAUCAAAGAGACAGCAAUCCAUGCAGCCAAGCUGUCUCGCCAAAACACCAACACCUCCAGGCAGAGUGGAAACACCGGCUGUCAGAGAAAGAGGAGCAGGGUGAUGAGCUCCUUCAGAACCCCAGCCUGUUGCGCUCGCACCACUACUGCUGUCGACUAACCAGCUGACUGAUGGACAGAACCUAAACACUGUGUUCAGUAGCCAGUGUGGCUACCGCUCAGCCUCAAACACCACCCAUCUGAUCAGAAGGUUUACAGAAGUCAGAAUAACCUGCACGCAACAUGAAUGGCUGCAUAUCAGAAUAAUGAAAAAAGCUUCACAUGACAUGAUGAUUACAGAUUAAUGUAGUUAAUAUGUAAAAGGGAAUUCAAAGUUUAAAAAAAUACUGGAAAAGUAAACUAGCUGAUGAACUAACAAAAGAUUUAUAUGCCAUCACUUGUUGUCUAUGGUUCAAUAUUUCAGCUAUUGUAAACACGACUCAUACAGCUGUACACUGCCAGUAUUUUUAUGGGGCCACUCCAUACUGUUGUGUCUUCAUAAUAAACUACUUACAGAACAUAGACCCAGUGAAACAACACCUGUAUAGUGUAAAGCAAUCUGAUAAAAUAGUCCUGCAAUAAAUACUAGUCUUGUAAAGCUUAUAACGAAUGUGUGGAGUGGUGAAUAAAAUUUAAUUUAAUACAGGAACAUGUCAGCCUAACUUUAACCCAUCCUUACCCUGACCAGUGGCUGGCCCUAAUGCUAACCGUCUGAGGUGAGCCGCGUGUUGCUUCUUCCCGUUCCCGCCUUUAGUAUUCCUUCCAGCUGACUGGACCUUGACGUGUAUGUGUAUGUGGAUGCUUGGCAGGGAGAGUCACUGAGGAUUUCUUAUCAAACUCUAACCCUAAAUGGUCACAGUAUGGUCUACAGCUUGAAAAACAGCCAUAGAGUCAAAUCAACACCUCUCUUACACAGUCUUAGCAAAAACUGAACAUGAGGAUCAUAAUAAUACCGUAAAAAGUAAAACUGUCAGACCAAUUAACUUAAUUUCUUUUUUAAAACAACGGAAAUAGAUUGAUCAUGCCCUUUGGAAGGGAGUUCCAUACCUUGUGGUCUCAGAAAACACUAUACUUAUUGCAAAUGUGUGAGAAAUUCAGACUAUGGAAACGAGAUGAUUUUUACUUUCACUGAGUAAGUGAUGGACACAUUUAUGUUACAGGAGGUCACCUUGUUUAGCUUACCUUUCCUGCAGUGUUAGUUUGUGAGUUUUAGUUUUGUGAGUUUUUUUUUUUUUAUUGCCAUGUUGGACGUGAUUAAAUGUCUUGACUAUAUGAGAAUACAGGGACAUGAUCAAUCUUUGCAGUUCUACUUUUUACCAAAUAUAGUGAAAGAACCAUU